AUGCACUCCGAAUACGAAGCUUUCUUCACGGCGCAGAGCCAGAAAAAACACCCCGCACCGGCGACCAUGCUCUCCGCAAUCAAGUCACUUUUGAUCGAUUCCUCCACCCCACCAUCGGCGGCCGCCAGGGAAGCAGUGUCGUCCUUCAUCACAGAGUCCAGCCGCGACCCGGACUACACGCCACUAUGGCCUCUCCUUUUUGCAACCAUCGGCAAAUUCACAGAGCAGAACGACCGCCUGGUGGAUUUUGUCGCCGAACUGCAGCGUCUGCCGGACUGCAGCGGAGCGUUUGGCCGGCUUGACGGGCUGAGUGAAUACAUGACAGAAUUUGUCUUUGACUACGUCGAUCAUCCAUUUUAUGACCCCCAACGUGAUGAAAAGCGUCAAGCUUGGGUCAAUGCCAAUGCCUUCGCGGCCAAGCUCUAUGCGCGGGGCAUCCGUGCUAAUCAUGUCGGUCAUCUGCGUCACGGGGGCUGGGUCUUGAGAAAGACGCUGGAGAAAGCACCGUGGGAGAAAUUCCACCAUGAAGAUAUCGAACAGGAGCUGCAGGAUCUGGACAGUGAUGAGGAUGAUGAGUACUGCGAGUACAUUGCUCGUACACUAUCCAUCUAG